CGGAUUCUAUCAUUUAAGCUCAGCACCCCUCUCGUCGACACCACAAGAUAACCCACCAGCUCCCACUUUCUCCUGAGAUAUCACAUUUCUCCCGAAUUUGCUAGAACGGAAGAAUCCUCGUGGUAGAUUUCGAGAAACAUUUCUGGGCUGCAGCAACAAAUUUCUAGCCAAGUAUUUCAAAAAAUAGGCUAAACUCAACUUUCGGAAAUUCAAGUUAUCACAAAAACCCCAAGUUUUACAAUUAACAUCAUGACGAACUUUGGAAACCAAGCAUCACUCUUCGAAGAUAGCAAACCAGAAUUCCAUGCAAAUGGGAAAAAGUGCAGAAAACCGAAGGAAGCCUGGGCCCGCUGGGGUCUCUUGCUCCUGGUGGGUGCCACCCUUCUGGCGACUGCAGAAGCCCAAACUUUCCAAUACAGUCGGGGGUGGACUAAUGGGAAACGGAGUGGCGGUUACGGGGUUGGAGGACCAUACGACCUCGGAACGGGGGAAGGAAUGCUAGGAGUCGACCCACUCGAGGUCAUAAUUCCCCCCGGCCACCUUCAAAUGAGUCUUAACCCCCAAUCCAGAUACCGAGCGGGAGAGUACACUCAGUACCUCGUGAAACGAUCCGCAACUUUGGGUAAUACGAAGAAUAAGCCCAUGUGGAUCGGGACCAUUGUGGGAAUGGACACGGGUGUGGAUGGCGCAGGAGGAUCUUCAAUAACGUCGCCAAAUGCGAAACCAGUCGUCGGCGAAUCAGUGACAUCAGCCAACCAACGGCAGAGGAGUGGUUCUGCUCCAUCCGACUUUUAAGAGAAAAUUAUUCACCUGCUUUUGGAAAUAUUCUGAACACUACUUAUUAUUAUGAAUGUUUUGCUCUGGUGUCGUAACGCGUCUCAUUAAUUAACCACAAGGCCCUGGCAGUCUGUAAUUUUUGAUGUUGAUAUGACAUAGAAUUAGAAUUCUGUACAAUGUUUGAAUUAUUUCGAACCAGCAGAAAAUGUACCCCAAAUGAAGCAGAAGAUCUUCUCCUGUCUCACGUUUGCCACUGGUAUUUUAAAGUCCUAAACAACAGUUCCCUUGCACUGUACUCAUGCUAUCUCUUUCGAGUCUUGUUGGUAGUCGUAAUUAAAACGUAAACACAUUAUUAUGUACCUGUAAAUUAAUUAAUUAAUUAAAUUACUGUCACUAUCCGUCAUCAUAAAUAAUCGCGCACGACGAUGUAGCUCCCUGAUCACAAUCUGUCCAUCUCACCCACUCAUUCACGCCUUGAUCCAGUUCUUCGUGCUUUACUUUUCCCAGAAUAAUAAGAAUUGAGGCUAAAACUUGUCAAAUUUUAAUUCUAAUGUAUUGCAUGCAAAUACCAGAGUAGUUUGUAGAUUAAGGAUUUUAAAAUAAACGUCAGGCUGACAAGCUUCCACUUCUUGAGCGUUCUUUCUUCUUCUUAAUCCUUAGCAUAGUUUAGCUCAAGGUCCAACCCCACGAAAUGGUGGGUUGAAUUACACUAAAUGCUAUUGGACUUGUUAAAAUGUAAAACCAUAAGGCAAGCAAAUCGUCUCUCGUAAUAUUUCUGCUCGUCUAAGAUGUCUGCAAAUGUCGACUUCUUAUGUUUCAUCUUUUACGCAAUCCAAAUGCAUGUGCACUUUAUGUAAUGUUCUAUACAGGAAUAUUGAAUAAUAAAAUGAAUGGACUUUCUGAUUCGUGGAAUAGUUUUAGUCAAAACUUUGCAAAUCUGUCGUGCACUUGAAUCCGAUCAUUCUAAUAAUUUCGUAAAUGUGAAAAUAAAAUCAAUAUUGAAAAUGA